AUGGUUCAUUGGAGAUCAUUAGAGGACAUUAUGAAGGAUAUGGGUUUUCCUAGCAUCUUUGUUGGUUGGAUUAUGAUUCUGGUUUCCACUGUGAAUUAUGUGUUCAAGGUUAAUGGAGCUAUCACUGAUAGUAUGCAGGCUAAGAGAGGCAUUAGGCAGGGUGACCCUGUCUCUCCUUUUCUUUUUGUGAUAAUGAUUGAAUAUCUCAAUAGGUGUAUGUUGAAGAUGCAAAAGAACACUGAUUUUAAGCACCAUGCUAAAUGCAAGAGUCUGGCAAUCACUAAUCUUGCAUUUGCUGAUGAUAUUUUACUAUUUUGUAGGGGUGAUGUGGAUUCUGUUAGCAUUAUGAUGAAUACCUUUACUCAAUUUUCUGAUUCAACAGGGCUCAUCUUUAAUCCCAAGAAGUGCAAGGCUUUCUAUGGCAGCUUAGAUGAGGCUAACAAGAGUAGGAUCAGAACUAUUACUGGUUUUGAUGAUGGUUCUUUCCCAGUCAAGUAUUUAGGAGUGCCUCUCCAUAGUUGUAAGCUUGGUAUACAACAUUACCUUCCACUCAUUGAUAGAAUCACUAGCCGUGUCAGACAUUGGUCUUCCAAGCUUUUGAGUUAUGCAGGCAGAAUGCAAUUGAUUAGAAGUGUUAUUGGCUCUAUAGCACAAUAUUGGAUGCUGAAUUUUCCAUUGCCUAAAGCUGUCUUAAGAAGUAUAGAUUAUAUUUGCAGAACUUUCUUAUGGACAGGGAAAACUGACAAAAGUAGGAAGAGUUCUGUUGCAUGGAGUAAGGUAUGCAGUCCUAUCAAACAGGGUGGUCUUGGUUUGCUUAAUUUGAAUGUUUGGAAUCAAGCUGCCAUAUUGAAGUGUCUAUGGGAUAUUUGUAACAAAAGUGACAGAUUGUGGAUUCAAUGGAUCCAUAAGAUUUAUGUAAAAGGAAGAGAUAUUAUGACUAUAAGUGCAGGCCUGAAUUGGACUUGGAAGAUGAAGAAAAUUCUAAAAGAAAGGGGAAGUCUGGACAGGAUCCAACAGCAAUGGGAUCGUAUGUUGAAUGUUGGGAAAUUUUCUAUGAGGAGUGCCUACCAUAUGCUAAUGGAUAGUAAUCAAAGUGUGUGUUGGCAGGGACUGAUGAAACAUAAUCUAGCACGGCCAAGAGCAAGAAUUACCUUAUGGCUGCUUUGCCAUGGUCAUUUAGCUACAAAGGAGAGGCUUUGUAGAUUUGGUAUUAUUGGAGAUUCGAUGUGCAGUAUGUGUGGUCAAGAGGAAGAAAAUGCAGAUCAUGUGUUCUUCUCUUGUGUUAAAACUGCUGGCAUUUGGGCUGGAGUUAUGCAUUGGCUUGGUACUUGUCAUCAGGUUCAUGUUUGGAGCAAAGAUAUACAAUGGAUCCUUGCUCAUACUAAGGGUAAAGGAUGGAGGGCUCGGUUAUUCCAAUUGGUGGUGACUGAGACUGUACAUGAAGUAUGGUUGUAUAGGAAUGCAACUGUUUUUAGUAAAGAAAAUUAUAGUAAGAAUACCUUAGAAAAAAUUAUUGAUAAUAUUGUGUAUAGAGGGUGGAAAAAUAGGAAAAUUGGUAUGCAUAUAGCCAAUUUAAUGCUAUAG